AUGGCUGGUGUAAUGUACUCUCAGUAUCCUGUGUACCCAGGUUAUGGCGCCCCUCCUUACAGAGCCAACCCUCCAUUCUACAAGCCCAGGCAGCAGUACUGGAAGCCACCUUACAAAGGGCUCCCGGGCCCCAUGAAGCCAGUGCACCCUUUUGACUGUUUAGAUAACUACAAGUGGGCCCAGCUAAAGGCCUUACUGAGCCAGCUGGGCCCUGAAUUUGGCUUGGGCAAAUUCUACACCCGUGAGGUAGGUGUGCAGGUGAACCCACGGGUGGAUGCAUCUGUUCAGUGUUCUCUAGGGCCCCGAACACUGAGGAACCGCAAGGGAGGGCCCUAUCUGUACCGCCCAGUGCCUGGGCAGCAUGCAGGCCUGGGCAUUAUCACUCCUGUGCGCUUCACCCGCACGCUAGCAGUGUACUCUAGGCUCUCUGAUAGGAGGCUUUUCACCUUGCCCCCUAUGCUACGUGUGGGUGAGACCCAGGUGGUAGCACAGGAGGAUGCUGAGAUCACCAAAUUCAACGAGGGCCCAAAGAAACCUACAUUCCAGUUCCUUGAACAAAAGUACGGCUUCUUUCACUGCAGAAGCUGUCAGGUGCGAUGGGAGAGCGCGUACGUGUGGUGCAUCUCCGGAACAAACAAGGUUUACUUCAAGCAAUACUGUCACAAAUGCCAGAAGGGCUACAACCCAUACUACGUGGAGUCCAUAGAGUGCAAGAUGUGCCAGAGAGCUUGGUGCACGUGUCCGGAGAGGAAACACAUUGACCUCAAGAGACCUCACUGCCAGGAGCUUUGCGGCCGGUGUAAGGGACAGCGGCUUUCCUGCGACAAAACGUAUAGCUUUAAAUACAUUAUCUGAGCUGC